AUGCCCGCUCUACGCACUCGCGAUACCCAGUCUCAAUCACUUGAGGUGAUUACAGACUCCCUUGCACCACCGGCCUUGGCCAUCAUCUCACCGACGCCGCGCGCUCAUUCCUUUCCUCUUCAUCAUCCAAAUGACACCACUCCUUCACCUGCCCAAUCACCAUUCGAGCCAGAUCUCAGGAAGCUCACGCUCACCCCCCCGUCGUCGUCCCUCGUUCGGUCGUUCUCCCCUGUCUCACCCGCCUCCUCUUCCUCCUCCACGUCCGUCUUCUCGACCACCCUCUCGUCCGCAGCCGCAUCCACACCCUCGUCGCACAAACGCCGCAAGUCCUCCACGUGCAGCGACAUCGAUCGCAGGCCUAAAAAGGGCGACGAGGACUACAUCAAACGCCCCGAAAACGCGUUCAUUCUCUUCCGCCGCAAAUGCUGCGAAGAUCGUCAACAGGGGGAGGCCUCCGCACCCGCCGACGGUCCUACCAAGAAGCAGCGCCAAGCUGACCUGUCCAAAACCAUCAGUCAACAAUGGAAAGCUCUUUCUCCCGAAGAACGUCUCUACUGGGAGGAACUGGCGAAGGCAAAGAAAAAGGAGCACGAACAGAUGUACCCCAAUUACGUCUAUCGUCCCCAGAGGUCAAAGGACAAGAAGGGAAAGAAGGGGAAACGCGGCGAGUUGGAGCACGAGCAGGAUUCAGAACACACAAUCUCCUUUGUUUUACCGAUGACGAUGCCAACGACCUCCAAGCACGGUCGCUCUGUCUCGGCACCUACCCCACCCCCGUGCCAGACAAUCCAGAUCCCAUCCGUGUACAUGCCGUCUUGUCCCACUUCUCCAUCGCUCGUACCGAUGAUUAGUCGGCGAUCGUCCCACCCAGAUCAUGCUCAGUGUGACUUUGCUACGUCGCACCAGCAGUACUCUCGACAUGAUACGUUCGCUGCAGUUGAUGCCAAUGGUUUCUUCCACGGGAUGUUCGACGAUCCGUCCGCCCUACAUCCGUUGUCGAUCCCCUCAGACAUGUCGAUGUUUCAGUCCAACGUAUCGCCUUCCUCAUCGAUCGCUUCGGAUUCGCCCUGUCCACCCUCGCCAGAUGCAGAUCCUUUCACCCCUAUUCACUGCAUGCAAUCGAGUUUGUCAUACCCCGUGCCAUCCUCGACCCCACCGACUCUUCCUGAUGCACAGAUCAAUGACGUCCCAUUAGUAGGAGGACCGCUCGAUAGCAUGUCGUUUGGAUAUGCUCCGCCAUCAUUCGCAUCAUGGGAGGGAGGAUCCAACUGGGAAAGUCAGCACGAUCUUCUGACAGGCGACGAGUUCGACAUGAACGCGAUUCCUCCGAUUGAGCUUGGUAUCCCCGGUUGCGGUGGCAACACGACGGCGCCCACCCCCCCUUCGACAGCGAUGGCAUUCGAUGCAAUGUAUACACCUGGAUCGUCGCCGAUGGGUAUGGACGUGUGUGCAAGCCACUAUUCCGUAGGGGACGCGCAUGCCGAUCCUGAAGCGUUUGAGCAGCUUUUCGAUUUCGAAAGCAUGCUUGCCGUUCAGCAGGGGUAUUGAUUAUAUUCGCCAAUGCAUGCGGGCGUGUCUAUUGGCUGGCUACUGACGGGGACAAACGGACGGACGUUGAUCAUUCAUGGACUGAUUUGUACCAUCUCAUACCAUCU